CCCAAUUCCUGACACUUACGACUGUACCGGAAGUCAACAUCUCUGGCUACAGAUGAUUCUGUCGUCCAUAUCAAUGGUUACGUUAGUUACAUAUUAACGUUAACAGAGACUCACGGCUUUUGUCAAGAUAUCCUUUACGGAUCGACGAUACAUUUCAGGAAAAUGAUUCCAGAGUUGUCCAACCGUUCGGUCUGUAUGAAGGACCCCCAGAGGGUGCAGGAGAUCCUACAGUCCAUGAUGAAGGCUGGCUCCGACACUGUACAGGUGAUCUCAGAUUUUGACAUGACCCUAACAAGAUUUGCAUAUAAUGGCAAAAGGUGCCCUACUUGUCACAAUAUUCUUGACAACAGCAAACUCAUCUCUGAUGACUGCAAAGGAAAGCUGAAGGACCUGCUCAACACAUACUACCCCAUAGAGAUUGAUGCAUCACGGUCAGUAGAGGAGAAGCUGCCUCUUAUGGUGGACUGGUGGACUAAAGCUCAUGAACUACUGAUACAGCAGAAGAUAAGGAAAGACCUGCUGGCCAUGGUGGUGCAGGAGUCUGAUGUCAUGUUGAGGGAGGGCUUUCAGGUUUUCUUCGACCACUUGUAUGAGCACAGCAUCCCUCUGCUCAUUUUCUCUGCUGGAAUAGGAGACAUACUAGAAGAAGUAAUUCGCCAGGCUGGUGUCUUCCACCCCAAUGUCAAAAUCUUCUCCAACUACAUGGAUUUUGAUGAGUCUGGAGUAUUGAAGGCCUUCAAGGGAGAGCUGAUCCAUGUCUUCAAUAAAAGGGAAGGCGCCCUGCUCAACACAGGCCAUUUCCAAGAGCUGCGGACACGACCUAACGUAUUACUGAUGGGAGACUCUCUGGGAGAUCUGACCAUGGCUGACGGGGUGCAGGACAUGGAGAAUAUCCUCAAGAUCGGGUUCCUCUGUGACAAGGUACAGGAGAGGAAACAGUCAUACUUGGACUCAUAUGACAUUGUGUUGGUAAAAGAUGAAACCUUGGAAGUCCCUAAUGCUAUAGUGCUCUACCUCACUGGCAGGUCCAGACCUGUGUGAAUGACUCUGGGUUAGCACAAUAGCUCUGCCAGACUAUUCACAUGUUCAGAUGACACCUGCAGUUCACAUACAUCACAUCUUUUAUUUUUCUGUCCGUUGUCCUUCCUCUCACAUUUAUGGCUAAACUGCUUUUGGACCAUGCUGCACUUUAUACCAUGUAAUGUGUGUGGGGGGUUUUUUGUUUAUUUUUUAUCAUUUGUUUUGGUGUGUCAAGUCUUCCCAUUUUUGGCCAUAUUGCCAAGCAAAAAGUACAUGAUGUAUUUUUUGUUGAAGCCGUUUUUUCUAUAACAGUACUAAAUGGUAGACUAUGGCAGCUGCAUUUGAUUUUAAAAGUACAGUUAUAAAGGAAUAGAAAUGCAAAUAUCUAGAUUUUAGAGAGAGGUCAAGUGAUUUGUAAGAACUAACUGCUACCUCAAAAAUGUAUAGUCAGGAAAAAUACUGACUUUGUUAGUGUUUCACAUGGUUUUAACUGUAUGGUUGUUAAAAAUAAUUAAAAUAUGUCACUUUCUGUGGAACAAACUGAAGUUUCUAAAAAUCUUAGGUUAUUUUUAUAACAGCAGCUGAGGAUGACAGUGACUUUUUGUCUGUCAUUUGUGGACAGUGUGCUUCUUACAGUUAAGUGCAAUUCUUUCUUCUUUUGUCCAAACUGUUUCAACUUGUCUAAAUUAAAUGGUUCAGUCU